UCUAAAUAUGGCGUGUCUGUUGAUAAUUUUUAUUCCGGCACUUUUUCUAAUAAUUUACCGAAAAUUUCGUCUACCGAAGCCUGACCCACAACUCGUCAAGUCUUUUCUACGAGGAGGCCUAUCAGAGAAAUCACCAGGGCUAAUUGCGCACAGAGGAGGAUCGGCAGAAGCUCCCGAAAAUACCUUGGCUGCUUUCCGAAGUGCGAAAGAAAAUGGAGCUAUUGGUGUGGAGUUUGACGUUGAUUUCACGAAAGACAGUAGGGCUGUUGUUAUUCAUGAUUCUACCGUUGAUAGGACUACGAAUGGAAGCGGUUCCGUCAGCAGUUUCACUUUGGAAGAAAUUAGAAAAUUGGAUGCAUCGGUUAAACAUCCACUGAGAGAAAAAUUUGCAGGAGAAAAAGUGCCUACCCUGGAAGAAGUUGUGGAACUUUGUUCAACUCUUGGUUUAAAGAUGAUAAUAGAGAUCAAAAAAGGCACUGAAACACUUCAAACAGCUCAAUAUUUAAAGAAUCUGUUCUCAAGCUAUCACCUGUAUGAUAAGGCCCUUGUGUGUUGUUAUUUUCCCAGUGUUAUUUACCAGGUACGAAAGGUGGAUCCACAAAUUGUGACUGCUCUAGUAUGGUGGAGGGAUACUAUGAGCUUUAUUUUGACAGGAGGGAAGGAACUAUUUGAGAUAGAGAAUUCCAUAAAAGUAUCAGUGCUGAGUUUCUUUGACAGACUGUGGGAAUCAGCCUUGCCUUGGUUUCUUGAUUUUGUUGGCGUUCCUAUUCUGUCUUGUGAAAAGGACCAUGUGUGCAAAGACAUGUUGGAAAUGUGGAGUGGGAAUGGUAUUCAAGUGGUUACGUGGACUGUCAAUCACAAGAAGGCAAAAGAAUUCUUUACAGAGUGUCUUGAUUGCCCCAUCAUAACUGAUUGUGUUCGGAGUGAGUCUGUCUGGAAUUAACAGAUUUUAAGUCGUCACAUUCACAUCUGUUCAGCCAGUAAAUUGCCAAAAUUUAUUUCUUCAAGGUUUUAUUUUUGAUGUAACCUUUUUUAUCUCGGGAUAGGGAAUAAAAGCCAUGAGUGUGGACACACAAAGUGAUGGCAUUGAGACAAGGCUAAAUUAUAAACGUUGUAUUUAUUUUUGUAAGUUCAAUACUGCAAUUUACUUUAGUCUGUGACAUUUGUCAUUAAGAAAAAGACACUUCAGCUUCUGAAGUGACAAAAUCUUAAUGAUUAACUUUUCAAUGGCAUUUUUCAAUCAAAGGGUGACAAGUUGCUUUCAGUUGCAGUGUAAGUGAUAUAUUUAACAUAACUUAAUUUAUGUAUACAUAGCUGUAAGCAUUGAUAUUAAAAUAUUUUUCUAAAUGA